AUGCAAACUUAAAAUAAAUCAUAAAUAUAAUAAGAAGAAAACAUACCAAUCAAAAAUUCAGAAUAUUAAUAAGUAAAUUAAUAGAACCAUCAAAUUUAAUUGAACUAAUAAGAUCGAAUAUAAUAAUCAUCAAUACCAGUUUCUGAAAAAACUAAACUGCCUGUAGAAUCUAACAUAAAUUUGAAUCAAAAUAAUUUUCCAGGAUUCUAAGAAAUACCAAAUAAUUGGAUAAAAUAAGUUCCUUAUUAAUAAUCAUCUAUUGUAGCAUAAUAAAUAUAAUCUGAAGUGAAUUAAGUUUAACAAUCUUCUAAUUAGUAAAUAGACAAUUAAUAAUUUAUGAUUCCUUAAAGUAUGUCAUAUCAACCUGGUUCUGGUAUACCAACUCAUCAUAACUUAACUUAAAUUCCAAAAUUAAGAUUAUCUUAAUGUUUAUAAUGUAAAUGGUGUAAUCAAGAAGUAUUUUCCUAAAUUGAGCAUAAAAUUGGAUUGACUCAAGUAUUAUUGUGCCUCUUUUUCUUACCUGCUUUUGGAAUUGGUCUAAUUUUUAUAUUUUGUGAUGUAUUUAUAUUUAUAUAAUCAUAUAGACUUUUAAAGAUUGCUAACAUUUUUGUACUAAUUGUUCUUGUGAAUUGGGAGAAGUAAAAUUGAUUGAUUUUUAAUGUUGA